AUGCGCGCUGAGAAGAUGGCAUCUGCCACCGGGACCUGCUGCCGCUGUUGCUGGGGCGCCGUUGCGCUGGGGCAGCUCGUGCUGCUGCUGUUGGGGGCGGCCCGGGCGGCGCUGGCCCUGACCGAGCACUACCCGGCCCUGUCGUUGCUCAAGCAGGAGCUGCACCGGCAGCAGCUGCAGGGCCAGGCUGGGGGCUGCCCCCAGGCGCCGGACUGGGGGGAACAAUACUCGGCCGAGUGCGAUUCACCACUUUUGCACUUCCAUGAGUCAGACUGUGAACUAAGAGGAUCUUCCUCCUGUGAAUCUCUGCUUUCUCUCAAUACUGAAAAAAUUCUGAGCCAAGCAAAGUCACUUGCGGAACAAAAACGAUUCCCAUUUGCCACUGAUAAUGACAACACAAAUGAAGAUUUGGCAAUUGCCUACGUUUUGAUUGGCAGCGGCCUAUAUGAUGAAGCAAUAAGACAUUUUUCAACAAUGCUGCAGGAAGAUCCAGAGCUGGUUAGUGCUAUUUAUGGACGAGGGAUAGCAUAUGGGAAAAAAGGACUACAUGACAUAAACAAUGCUGAGCUUGCCCUGUAUGAGCUGAGCAGAGUAAUUAGUCUGGAACCAGAUCGCCCUGAAGUAUUUGAACAGCGAGCAGAGAUAUUGUCUCCCCUGGGCCGAAUUAGUGAGGCACUGGCUGAUCUCACCAAAGCUAUUCAGCUGCAGCCAUCAGCACGACUUUACAGGCACAGAGGUACUCUUUACUUCAUAUCUGAGGACUAUGCAACAGCUCAUGAAGACUUUCAGCGCUCCUUGGAACUGAACAAAAACCAGCCUAUAGCUAUGCUAUACAAAGGCUUAACCUUUUUCCAUAGAGGACUUCUGAAGGAAGCUAUUGAAUCAUUCAAAGAAGCCCUGAAGGCGCAGAAAGCUGAUUUCGCUAUAGAUGCAUAUAAGAGUCUGGGACAAGGCCUAAUAG